AUGUACGCUGCAGCAGCGAGGUCGGUGGAGACGCAGUCUACUCAAGGGUCCUUAGUGCACGGUGUGCUGCAGCUAACGAGGGAUCCCAGCCACCACUUGCAGGCCAGUGAAGCCACUGGGGAGGGAUGCAAACUCGGGAUGAGGAUCAGGAUGAGGAUCAGGAUAGAUCAGGAUGAGGAUCAGGAUCAGGAUGAGGAUCAGGAUCAGGAUGAGGAUCAGGAUCAGGAUGAGGAUCAGGAUCAGGAUGAGGAUCAGGAUGCUGAGAGUUUCGGUUUUUGCCGGUAG